AUGCCAGGUAAGAAGUUCAAGGAGAAGAUCCAUGAGAGAUUCAUGCUGAAGAAGAGAGAAGCUUCAAUGAGCCAUUCGCCCACAAAUGUCCACGUUCCCGCCAGUCGUCGAAUCAGUGCAGAUUACCUCCGGGAAGAGACAGAAAUCCAGAAGAUUCUCCAUUCUCAGCCCCAGGAGGGAAUGGAGGAGUCUCAGACAGAGAGAGAGAUUGCAUUCUUCACAUCUGCAGUCGCUGCAGAUGACGAGGAUCCUGAUUAUACGGAUAUUCAGCAUCAAUCUGAUGGGAAUCUUACAGAAAUCUCAGAGAGAUCUCUCCCCUCUGGAUCUCCAGGACCACCACGAGAUACUCAAGAAUCUCCUGUUCAUUUGGCAUCAUCCUACAUCCAGACAGAUGAUCAUAUCCCAAUAUUCGAGCGUGUUAAAAUCCCUUUCUCCUACGACCGGGAACUCCUGACCACUUUCCAAGAGAGCUGCAGACUCUCCCGCAGAGAUGCGGAUAUUAUUGAUCGGAAUGUCGAGGAGGAAGGACUCUACAGACCCAGUUUGGCGAUGUCAGAGAGGAAGCUUCAGUGGUUCAAUCAAAUGGCAGAAGAACGGAUAGAAAACCCCGAAGAAUCCAACAAUUACAGGCCAUUCCUCCAACUUCCAGAACUUCCCCAUCCGGAAAAUAUCCCAACGGUCUUUGUGUGCCUCAGGGAAGAAAACCUCAGCUAUACUCCCUACAUGCUUGACCACAAAAUUCUGUCCAUUCAUCUCUCCAAAAUCCACUUUGGGCAUCAUCAUCUCUUUUCCGAGGAGCACGUCUUGGCUCAGAAAGUUGAAGAUCUCUUCACUGUCUACUGUGAGCUCCAGAAAUCCAAUCCAACAGGAAAACUCAGACAAAUGCUCAUCACUUUGCGGAAAAUCUGCAAAGAAUUGACGGAGAAAGAUUCCAAAUCUGAUGACAAUGCAAUAAAAUUAGCCAAAUCCCGUGAAGAAUUAAAGGACACGAGAGCAAAACUUCACGAGGAAGAACAAAAGAUCAGAGAAAACAUCAAGGAUCUCCUCAGUGAGUACAAGAAAUUGAAGGUCCUGCGUGAGAAGCAGAAGUUCAAUCUAACAUCCAUCAAAUUGACCAUAAAAGCCAUUGAGAUGAACAAGGAAGAAGAUGAAGCAGCUUUUGAUAGAGAUUUCAAUGAAGAAUUAGAGGAACUGCUCGAAGAAGCCUUUCAGGAAUAUUUGGAGGAGAAAAAGAAGUACAGAGAACUCGUAAAAAGCAUCAAGGAUGGUGACACCGUUCCGGAUCAGAUAGACAGACCCGACGUUGAGGAGAUCAAGAAGAAUCUCCAGGAAGUCUAUGCGAAAUCAAGGAGGGGCAUUGGAGAACCGAUCGUUCAAGUGAUCACUUCGAAGAUUGACAUCACAGCUCCAAAAAAUGCCCCAAUGGAAGUAAAUCGCAUGAGAAAACUUCAAAACACGAAAUUUAUCCUCAAACUCUCCCUAAAUGAAGAUGUUGUUGAUGUAGUUCGUGAUAUUCACAUUGAUGAUCGGUUUGAGAUCAAGAUCAACACUUCCAUCUCAGUAAGAUUGAUCAGAAGACUUCCGGAGAAAAUAAAAUUGCAGAUAUUUGAAGUUCAGAACGUGAUCCCUCGUUUGAAGAUCGCAUCAAUUAUCCUCCCGAUCCCUGAAGAUCGCGAUCUCUUCGAUCACUGCCCUAUCAGAUCAUUCAGCUUCAGCAGCGAUCGCGAUAUCCCGAGUGAUGUCGGUGUUGGAACGGGAAAGUAUUGCAGAAUUGAAGGGUCACAGGAUCUUCACAUAAAUGGGAAAAUUUAUCUAAAGAUCGGUUGGUCACAUAAAGAUGCAAAAACCGAUCAACCUUCAGAAUUCAGAGAUCCUCAAGCAUUGGCCAAAGUAGCAGCAAGAAAAUGGAGGGAUCACCUACAAUGGGACCCUCUCGAUCCAGAAAAUGAUUUCACAUCAAUGCACGAUAUCGUUGAUCAUCCCAGGGAUCCUAGAAUUGCUGAAGAACAGAUCCCCCUAACAGAAAUCCAAGAUGACGAAAAACUCGCAUUCUGUCCACCGGAAGUUGUUGAGAACAACACAAGGCUCAAUUUGUUGAUCGAACGAGCCAGACUAACUGCCCAGUUUAAGGAUAUGAAGCUCAUUCCGCAGGAAGAGAGGGAAAUUCACCUAAGGAAGGACAGUAGAAUUAUCGAUGAGACCCUAGGAAUGGAUCCUAUUGAUCUCUGUCGACAUCAAGGGAAGAAAAAUCUACAGAAACUCUUCGCAAAUGUUGCUCAAAUCAACGAAAUUGCAAAUAGAGAGAAUGAGGAUUCUAGGCUCCUAUUCAGAGAAGAUGCUCCUUCCCUAAGUACCUUAGGUCUUGCCAUAUUGGGUAUUCUAGGUUCCAAGAGACCCUUAAAGCCAACAACCAGACGGAAUCAUUCAAUAAAGCCAUCGUUUCGUAUGGACGACAGCCAAAAAUACACGAUCAGCGUAAAUGUUGUUAGGGCCUUUGGGAUCCCAUCCAGAACAGAUGAUCAACUUCCUCAGUCAGUUCGGAGGAGCAGUAAUAUUUCAUCUGCUCAACAGUCUUUCAGGACUAUCAACGUUAGACCCUACGUUGUGAUCUUGUUCAAGGACAAAACAGCUAGAACUUCUACAGCCGAGGGAUCAAAUCCAACUUGGAAUGAACAGCUACAGAUUCCAAUCAACUUCAAACUGGAUCAGUUGAAAGGAUCCCUGUGUAUCCAGUUGUUCGAUGAAUUUGUAGAUGAUUUACUAGAAGACGAUCGUUUGGGUAUGUCCGAAAUCUACCAGAGAAUAUCAAGAAAAUGGAUUGGAGAACUGCGAAUCCCUAUCACAAGCAUCUACACCAAUCAAAGGAUUGAAGGGACCUUUGAACUAAAUUCACCUAAGAUUCUCCUAGGAUACUCAAAGUCAUCCCUAAAUCCUGGAACUGCGUCCAUUUUCACUGAAAACUUACCUGAUACAAGAGGACCUAUCUACCUAUCACUCUUCAUAGGGCUGGAACCUAAUUUUGAUCAACCAUAUUUUACAACGAAAUAUUUAGAUUGCAUGGAAUCAGAUCAAAUCAAGAUCUGGUCCAUGGAGUACAGCAACGAGUUUCCCCAUCGAUUUUCUGAUCCUCUGGUAACUCUAACAACAGGAAAGAGGGUGACGAUAACUAAGUUACUAGGAGCUCUUGAGGUUCCCUUUGAUGUUAGAGAAGGUUCGCGUGAAUGCCUAAUUAGGAGAUUUGUAUCACUGAUUCCGGUUCUUCAGACUACGGAUCCUUUAGGCCAGUUGAACGGGGUUUGGCUAACCAAUAACGAGAUCCUAACCCAUAUGUACGCAACCCCAAAAGACCUAGCAGUCCUUCUCACUUGCUACUACAUGUACCUAGACUUUAGCGUAUGGCUGGUUUUUGGUGAGGAUCGCGUAGUAGGACCUACAUGUUACGUCCUUAUAAAGGAGAACGGGAACUUUUACCUCGUGGACCCAGUUUCUGGGAGAAAAUACAGUAGUAGCGAUACUUACUGUCCCCUUGUAAAGGUGUCUCUCCUCGCUAAUCAGAGCAACGUCUGGGGUAAUAUCCAGAGCGAGAAGAGGGUGUAUCUUACACAGUUUGAUGUCAAAAAAUCCGUCGAUUGGCGUCCGCUGUUCCGAAAAAACGUCGAUAUCCCAGGAGACUUUUUGCAGGACACAACGUUUGAAUACAAAAGAACCUAUCCUGUAAGUGACCUACAGAAGGUGAUUGAGAUGAAGUUAAUGAAGAAAAUCAGCCAGUGGCGUGGCCAUCGAAAAACCAUCUGGAAUCGGUUUCUGCGGGAUCAACUAAAGAGUGUCCUGAUCGAGCUAGAAGCUGCCACUACUUCUGAAUUGAGCGUUGAGGAACAAAUUGAGAAAAUUAAUGUUUUUCUCACAACUUUUAAGUUUGCUAGUUCCUGUGUUCGCGUUUGA